AUGCGCCCUCUACUAGCAGUCACUUUAAUCCUGCUCUCCCUCUUGGAAUCAGUCACGAGCAUACCAUUGUCUACAAGCUGCGACAUAGGAGCAAGUCUUCUCAACACAACCGAUCUCGCCCUCACUUCCGCAAACGACAUCAAUAAGGCAAUUCCCCUCCCACUUCCCGGAACGCAUCCACCUAUCAGCCUCGUAAUACACGACAGUUCCCGGUACCGCACCAUCAAACUUGAAGAAGCAAUCCGCAUCUUUGACAACGCUACCGGAGAAAUCGACAAAUUACGCCCAUACGACGUUUACGACCCUAUCCCACAAUGCGGCGUAAGCUACAGACUUGACAAAAACCAUGGGCUGGAAGUUGCCCAAAUCUACUCGGGAAAACAGGUCCUAUCAUUUACGUAUGACAUUGUGCGGCAAGCUGUCAAUGGGUACCGGAAUUUGGUGACCAUGCAGGGAAGACCAUCCGUGACCAUGCAACUUGUGAGGAUCGAUACUGCAGACGAAAAGGAGCAGGUUCUUGGGGCUAUGCAUUUGUUUGAUACAAGACGGUUCGAAACUGCUGCUGAGUGA